GAAGAACUGUGAUUGGUCAGUUCAGAGUGACGCUAGCAGCGUCAUCACCAUCGCUACCGGUGGAUAGUUAAAGCUAAUGCUACCAUACCAUACUUUACUGGACAAUCAUAUCACUAAUGUCAUCCUAAGUAUGAAAUACAACUGAAACAUCUGCUGUACGAGCCCCAGGAUUGAUGCCGGGCACUACAGGCUGGAAGCAUGCAGCAGAAGCGGAACAUUCAGAUCAUAGAAUGGGAGGACCUGGACAAGCGCAAGUUUUACUCCUUUGGAGUAUUCAUGACUAUGGCCAUCCGUGUCACAGUCUACCCGGCCAUGCUCAUCCGCACCAGGCUGCAGGUUCAGAAGGGGAAAUCUCUCUACACCGGGACCUAUGAUGCUUUCCGUAAGAUUCUCAGAACUGAAGGUUUGAGAGGACUUUACAGAGGCUUCAUGGUGAACACGUUCACGCUUAUAUCAGGGCAGGCGUACAUAACCACAUAUGAGCUGGUGAGGAAGUAUGUGUCCAACUAUUCUAAAGACAAUACACUGAAGUCAUUAGUUGCAGGUGGGUCGGCAUCACUGGUGGCCCAGAGCAUUACUGUUCCCAUCGAUGUAAUAUCCCAGCAACUCAUGAUGCAGGGCCAAGGGGAGCAUCUGACCCGCUUUAAAGUUAAACCCAAUACAUCAGGAGCUUUUGGCCAGACGAGAGGCAUUAUUGCACAAAUAUUUGCUGCAGAUGGCAUCUGUGGGUUUUACAGAGGUUACGUGGCGUCCCUCCUCACCUACAUCCCCAAUAGUGCAGUGUGGUGGCCAUUUUACCACUUUUAUGCAGAACAGUUGUCUAAGAUGGCUCCUAGUGACUGCCCUCAUCUAGUGCUGCAGGCAAUGGCUGGACCUUUAGCAGCUGCUACUGCCUCUACUGUCACCAAUCCUAUGGAUGUUGUCAGGGCCAGGGUUCAGGUGGAGGGCAGGACAUCAGUCAUUGAGACCUUCAACCAGCUGAUGAGAGAGGAAGGACUCUGGGGGAUGACCAAGGGCCUUUCUGCUCGCAUCAUAUCCUCCACACCCACAGCAAUUGUCAUGGUGGUUGGUUAUGAAACUCUUAAAAAACUCAGUCUACGACCAGAGCUGGUUGACUCCCGACACUGGUAAACAAACAAACAACAACAAAAACACUACAGUGUCUCAGUAACUUUCCCUUUCAUUCUUUCACUCCAUCUUAUUUUUGCCUUUAAAUUGUCCUUCCUUUUUUAUGAUUCAUUGUGACAAGGCAGAUUUGUUUUUGGAUGGCUUUGGGAAUAUUAUUUAGCUAAGAGUGCAGCUUGGAUGUAACUUUCAGUGGAGAACACUGCUCAGGUUUGAGGCACAUUUUUCUGUACGUAUUUUAAAAAUGAUGUGAUCUUGAACAGAUUUAAUGUUUAAGAGUAAUUGGUGACUUUAAUUUAUUCAUAAUUGCUGUAUUACUGGUAUUUUAAAUGUAUUUUUAAUUUUAGAUGUGUUAAUUUUUUUAAAUACAGAAUAAGACACAUAACUUUAUUUUUUAAUAUUUCGUAUACAACAUAAAGAUUUCCCCAGAAUUACAUUUAAUCAUUAAUAAGAGUAUGAUUUAUCAUACACUGUAAAGUUUAUUUUCUGUAACCAGAUAUUUUGAUGUGCACAUUGUUGUACUCUAAAUGUUCUUUUAGUUGUUUUAUCAAUUUGGGAUGUGGGAUGUUUCAGUUUGCCAAAAGAAAAAUGUGUGUAUAUUUGACAUUGUAAAAAUAACCAAGUGAAAAUGAAUUCUAAUCUCAAUCUCUUUUAUGUUUUUGUAACCACUAAGUGAACUCUAUAGAAAAAUUGUUUAUCUGCAAAUGUUGCAUAUCUUUUUUCUGAUGAACACAAAGAAGAUAUUUUCUACUAUGGAAGUCAAUGGACACUAUAUGCUGUGUGUUUACCAUCAUUUCUCAAAAUAUCUUCUAUUGUGUUCAUCAGAAAAAAAUUCAUACAGGUUUAAAACAACAUAAGGAUGAGUAAAUGAGGACAGAAUUUUCAUUUUUGGGUGAAGUAUCCCUUUAAUGAUUUUGUAUUGUGCUAUUCCUGUUAUCACCACUAGAGAGCAGGCACUUACAGAGUGUUGCCAGAUGCCCUGCUCCUGUUUAGAAGCACUUUGCUUUUGUUCUUGGGGUUUAACCUGCAGUUUUAUUUUAGACCCAUCAGCAAAACUUUAGAAACACAAUACACACUCCCGUGACAUUGUUUAGCCUUGAAUAUUAACUACUCUAGUUAUUUUCAACUCAGCGUUGGGUCAAUAAGGGACGAGCCCAGUCCCUUGGGUUGUAAUUUAACCCUUGGUGGGUUGUUUUAAACCAUUGUUUGGUCAAAUAUAAACACUUUCUCAGUUUAUUUCAACCCAGUUGCUGGGCUUGUCCCUUUUUGACCCAACGCUGGGUUGAAAGAAACCCAGCAUGUUUUAGUGUACAGGAAGCUUUGGUCUCUGAUCAAAACUAGCACCUUAAUGUGUCUAAAAUAAAGACUGUAAUACCAAAAAGGUUGUUCAGACAAAUAUAUGAAAUGUGUUGUAAAAAUCGUUUGGCACCCAAAGCUGCAUAUUAUAUUUGCAAAAAUCAUGACAUAUUUGCUAUAUUCAACGGCAAUGCCUUCUGACCAAAAGGUUUACUCCCGAUUAUGUGGGAAGGGAAUAUUCAUUAGUUCAAUUUCAGGGCAAGUGCAGUACCUCCUACAGUGCGUUUGUCUUUGGGCACUAGAGUUUCUUUCUUCUCUGAUUUAAUGAUUAGUGCCAACACAGCAGUGCUUCUGUACAGCCCGGGGUCAAUGAUGAGACGCAUGUUUCGCUGUAGCUACAUUUAUGUGACAGUUGCUUGAAAUCAAACUCGGGGCAAAGGAAGAUAUUACAACGCUUCAAUUUCAAAUCUUAAUUUUGCAUGAUUACAUCAAUAAAACAUGACGUUUCCUCCAGCGUGAGCUGAUCUAAUAGAAAAAAAACAGUUUUCCAACAGAACAAUAAAUGGUUUAAUACAUACAUCUCAGUUUAUGCAUGCUAUGUUGAGAUGGAUGCGAAGUUAUGAUGAUACCACGUUUUGCAUAAUAUUACAACAUAAACAAGACCAAUGUAAACAUACAAAAAAUGAAAUCCUUGCACUAUAUUAAUGUGCUGCUGAAUUUAUAAAACCCUAAUAUGUGCCAUUUUAUCAAUUAUAUUAUUAAAAUGUGAAUUAUAAAUCUGUUUUAUGAAUACAAAAAGAACAAUCGCCUGUUAUCGGUGUGUUUGCCGCAAUAUUUUGUGAUAGGUUGUAAUGUGCUUUUGUGAUUAACUUGUGCUGUGAUAGGACCUCAGCCCUCCGGGAAAGGAAAGUGCUGCCAAUGAUCCACGUCUCAGCCAAAACACAAUGACACAGACUCCAUUACUGGGGCCAAACCGAUAUCUUAUAUGGGAAGAUAAAAACAUUGUUCUUUCCCAUUAUUUGGGUUUUGAUUUUUGUGAAUUUUAAUUUGGAUUUUGUUUCUUUGAAUUUCCCAUAAAAUUGUACAGUUUUUGUACCUUUAACAUGUAAAGAACAUUUCUCAAAAACCUUUGACUAAAUGGUUCUUCAGGAAACCAAAAAUGGUUAAUUUAUGUUAUCGCUUUGAAGACCCUUUUAAGCACCUUUAUUUUUAGGAAUGCAAGUUGAAAUACAAAAACGUCCAGACUUCAUGUCGCUGUGACAUUCAGUGAUAAGCAUAAAGUGAUAACCUUAAAAUCUGAGGUCUGGUGACUCAAUCACUGAUUAGUUUGAGGUCAAUGUAGAUUAAUGAUCAAGCAAAGAUCAGAUGGACUGGAGUCUGAAUUUUUGUUCCUCACCAAAUUAACCCAUAGUCAAACUGGAGCAAACAGUCCAAAGCCCAGGGCAUCGGGCAGUCCCACUGGGAGUCCAUUAGGUACAUUUCACGAAUGAAAAAUGACACUGAGCAUAAUAGGUGUCUGGGGGUCUUUAUAUCUGUGAUAUCAGGGGAUAGGGUGUUGUCACAUGGGGCUGUCUCUUUUGCACGGCAGAAAGUUGAUGGAUGUUCUCCAUUAGCGUACGUCAAUUGAUGAUUUGUGAUUUAAUCUGGUAUGAUCUCAGACCACUUCCAUCUGAGCCCUGAACAGAAGUACAAUAAAAACGCUUUUAAAUAAAAAAA